AUGACGGCGGAAGAGGUUAUGGACUAUUUAGAUAACAUAGAAAAUGAAUCUGCAGAAGAAGAACGAAGCCAGGAACAUGAUUCCGAUAUAAGUGAUUGUGAAAGUGAACACAGUGCUCACAAUACAGGCACAACAGUUUCUGAUUUGGAUGUCUCAGAAGAUGAAAUCUCUGAAAAUGGUUUUGCCGGGCGGCGGGCGGCGCGAUUCGGCGCGCCAGUGCGCCGCCGACCACCACGCAGUUCGGAGCUACCGGACAGCAACAGCGCCCCAGCCAGCGGCGGCAGCCACACUAGCAGUAGUAGCAGCUGCGGCGGCGGCAGCGCCCCACACUCGGCCGAGACGGCGUCUGGCGGCGGCAUGCGGUCCCCGCCGGCGGCGCGCCCCCAGCGCCCGGGCUCGCUGCCCGGACCCGACCCCGGCGCCAGCUGCUCGGCGGCCCCCGGCGCCGACGCCGACCCCGACCCCGAGGUGGUCGACGCCGCCUCCAAGUUCGUGUCCGAGCUGCUGGAGCGCGCGCAGCAGGAGGCCUCGCGCCGGGCCAGGGAACGCUCUGCACAGUUCCUGCGACCGCCCGUGAUGCGACACCUUUAAACUGUUCUAAACAGCAAGCGACUGCAGUG